UAUAAUAUAAGAUGUUGGUAUUGCCUUCCCGCUACGAUGCCGUAAUUCCAACGUCAGUGGUCAGGAAAUGACGUUCUUACAGCACAGUGUCCACGUAGCGCCUCGAAUCUUGACGAGUGCAGCAGUUCGUACGUCAAACGCUUUGUGAAACGUUACUCGGUCGAACGUAUCUCUUACAAGCAUCAUGGAUCAAAUGAAGAAGCUUACUGAACCUGGCCGCCAGUUUGCUAAAGACAGUAUUCGUCUUGUCAAACGAUGCACAAAGCCUGACCGCAAAGAGUUUCAGAAAAUUGCUCUGGCCACAGCCAUUGGUUUUUGUAUAAUGGGCUUUAUAGGAUUCUUUGUUAAACUAAUUCAUAUUCCAAUUAACAAUAUCAUUGUGGGUUCAUAAAUCCAUAUCAAAUAGAUACAAUUAAGGUUUAAUAAGGCUAUUCUCCUCAUCCUCCUCAUCAUGUAUCUUUAUUUAUAAAAUAAAUUGUAUUCUGUUUUGAAAUGAUUGUGAUUAAUGUAUGCGAAUGUGUGUGUGUAUAAUAAUGAAUUUUAUAAUAAAAUAAGUGUAUCAUAA